GGCAGGAGGAGGAGGAGGAGCGUGCGUGGCCGAGGGGCAGAGAGCUCUAGAGUCUAGCUGUGCAAUGCGCAGGUGCAGCCAUUGCUGCGGGUUCUCUGCUCCUCCUGUCAUGUUGACACUUCGCUAAACCCUCCCAAAACCUCCCAGGAGGACAGGCGGCUCGGUUCUUGAGGAGUUGGUUCUCUUUCGGUUCUUGAUGAUUGGGGUUUGUUCUUGAUUUUUUUUGUCUUUUGGUUUUGGAUCAUCUUGGAAUCGCUUUGGGGGAGAGAGAGAGAGAGGAAGGGGAAGCUGUGUUUUUUUUUUUUGUUUCUCUCGUGGGAAAUUUUGAUCUCGCUGUUCUUCGAAAUCGAAUCGAUUUGGUUCGAGAGCAGCGGAAAGGCGCCGCCUUUUGUUUCGCAAAAAAAUUGAUCAUUUGUGAUCCAGCGAAACCCAGGGAAUUUUUUCGAUCCGUUUUUGAUCGUUUGUUUUGAAUCGGUGGUAAAGGAUUGUUUUUGGUGGUGGUGGGAGGAGGGGGGCCGGGGAGGUUUCCCUCCGACGAGCAGCAGCAGCCGCCGCCUGUCGAUGACUGAGCGCUGCCGCCGAUGCUGUCGGGGUGCUCGGUGUCCAGUCUCGCGGCGAGGUUCGCCUUCUUCCCGCCGGACCCGGCGACCUACGCCGUCCGGAAGGACGAGGCCGCCGGCCGCCUCGUCGCCUCCAACGUCCCGCGCGACGGCGCCAUGGACGUGCUGCGCGUCGACACCAGGAGGGGGAGCAAGGUGGUGGCCUUCUUCCUGAGGGACCCCGCCGCGCGCCUCACCGUGCUCUACUCGCACGGCAACGCCGCCGACCUCGGCCAGCUCUACGACCUCUUUGUGCAGCUCAAGGUCAAUCUCAAGGUCAAUCUGAUGGGAUACGACUACUCUGGGUAUGGAGCAUCUACUGGCAAGCCAAGCGAAGAGAAUACAUAUGCAGACAUUGAGGCAGUCUACCAGUGCUUAGAAACGGAGUAUGGAAUUAGCCAGGAAGACCUUAUCUUGUAUGGGCAAUCUGUUGGCAGUGGGCCAACAUUGCAUUUAGCUUCCCGUUUACCAAGAUUGCGUGGUGUGGUUCUUCAUAGUGCCAUACUGUCAGGCCUCCGUGUUGUUUGCCAUGUGAACUUUACUUUCUGCUUUGACAUUUACAAAAAUGUGAAAAAAAUCAAGAAGGUUAAAUCCCCAGUGCUUGUUAUUCAUGGAACUGAUGAUGAUGUUGUGAACUGGUCGCAUGGUAAAGAGCUGUGGAAAUUGGCAAGGGAGCCCUAUGAUCCACUAUGGAUCAAAGGAGGAGGUCAUUGCAAUCUGGAGCUAUAUCCCGACUUCAUCCGCCACCUCUCCAAGUUCAUCCGCGAAAUGGAAAAUAUCACAACAAAGAUGAGGCUCAAGAAGAUUCGGCAGUCCCUGCAACCCGCGAAGAAGGCCCACCGGGUGCACACUGGGACAACUACCACCUUCACCACCAACUGCUGCUGCCGUAUCCGAGUCCGCAAACCGAGUUGCCCCAGCUGCAAUUUCAGCUGCAGCUGCUGCAGCGGUCUGAAGAGUUUCUUCUCAUGCCGUCUAUUCAAGUGCUCAACCUGCUUCUCCUGCAGCUUGAAGAGCUGCUUCAGGUGCCCAACCUGCUUCUCCUGCAGCUUGAAGAGCUGCUUCAAGUGCCCAACCUGCUUCUCCUGCAGCUGCAAGAGCUGCUUCAAGUGCCCAACUAGCUUCUCCUGCAACUGCAGGAGCUGCUUCAAGUGCUGCUGCUGUGGUUCAUGCGGAGAUGCGCAGUAAUGCCAAUCUCUUAUGUGCUCGUGUAUAGGAAAAAGAGUGGUUCCGAUAUAUCUGACCCGUUUAAUUCUGUAGAAACCAGACCUGGAUUCUCUUAGCAAAACAACCAUAACAAGAUAGAGAUGCUUCUCCUUUUCAGUUGCUUGUCUGGAAUUUUUCUCAUUGUUUUUGUGUUUUCUUCCAAUUAGAUUUUUGUUUGCAAAACCCAUGCUUGUGUUUAGCAUCAGCUUAUAGUUAUUGUGGGUAUUUAUUUAAUAAAUUAUAGAAGCCUCCAAAGUGUAGAUUGGUCAAUUAUGAGGU